AUGUGUCUUCUUCCUGAUAAAUCUAUAUUUUGCUAUGGAAAUCAUCCUGGAGAAGGAACAGCAUUUAUAUUGUAUCCAGAUAGCACUGUUAAACAGCUUUCAGAUGGAGAUCCGUCAGGAAAUAUGGGCGCUGUGUAUCAUGAUGGCUUUAUUUACCUAUUUGGAGGAUGAAAUGCUUCAGGUAGUCCAUGAAAUCAAGCAGCAAAAUAUGAGCUAUCAACUGAUAAGUGGUAUUAUCUGAAGAGCAAUUUGCUACGCACUUUGGCAUAAAGCUUUCUAUAUUGGGUAAGUAUUAUAAUUUAUUACGAUGUUGAAAAGAAAGAAAACAACUAUUAGAGAAUAUAAAAUUUGCCCUCUGAAUGAAAAUCUAAGUUACGUUUCAUGUAUUCCAGGAAAUUACGGAAUCGCAUUUGUUGGGGCUCAAAGUGGCAAGCUAUAUUCAUAUAAUCAUAAGCAAGAUAUUUAUAAUGAAAUUUAUUUCAACUUUGCAAUUAAUACUCAUAAAAUCUUGCUCCAGGCCGAAAAUCGAGUAUUUUUAAUCGAAUCCUCAAAAAAUAUAUAUGAAAGUAAUUCAAGUCAACUAAGCAAUUGGAAAAUUAUAGGAGCAUCGCAGAUUAGCUAUGGUUCCAGAGCAGUAUACCAAGUUUAUUUCAAUCAAAGUUGCUAUUUCAUGGACUGUGAUUGUAAAAUAUAUAAAUUUGAUAUGAAGAGCUUACAAUUAAAGAUGAAUCAAGCAUAA